GUCGCGCGACUUCGAAUCAGUAAACAGCCCUUCUGGGACUUUAUAAUGUUAUCAGCAGAUGAUGCAACCAACCGGCAUCUAUUCUGAUUAUUUAUUAACGUGAACUCUGGCUCACUGGGUGCAGCUGUUUGGCUGUAACCAGGUGAUCGCGCUGAGGAGGCGGAACAGGAUCAACCUGCUUGUCCCGUCAGCUCCAGGAACAAACACCUCGCGGGGCUUGUCAGUGUCGGCCGGACCGGGAUGUGGGAGGCAUGCUCACUGCCAGAGUAGGGGGAAAGAAAAUGGCGAGACGACAAAACUUCAGAACAAGGGUUUUGCUGAGCACGUCGGUGUUAGUGUUCAUGGUUAUUUUCACCACAGUCAUUCUGCAGACAUACAGCAACCCAUUCACAGCUGACUUGCUUCAUGCUUUAUCCAAAGGCUUUGACACGUCCAGUCAGACCUCCAAGGUGUCUGCCAAACCCUCAGCUGGAUCGUGUGCAACGCAGGGAGGCUGUCCAGAUGAUCACAUCAGUUUCUUCAUCCAGAGCGGAGCCGCGAACGUCGUGGCUCCAAAGAUCUGCAUCCAAAACCAGCUGGUUCUUGGAACAGUACUAAACAACGCAGGAUAUGGAAUAAACAUUGUUAUACUGAAUGGUAAAACAGGAGAAGUCAUAAAGACCAAUCACUUUGACAUGUAUGGUGGGGAUGUGAAACCCUUCAUUGAGCUCCUGAAGAGCAUUGAGAAAGGCUCUGUUGUGUUGAUGGCAUCUUAUGAUGAACCUUCAUCAAAGUUAAAUGAAGAUGCGAAGAAGCUGAUUGCUGAACUGGGAAGCUCCAUGAUCCAGUCGCUGGGCUUCAGAGAUAACUGGGUGUUUGUUGGUGGGAAAGGAACAGAGGUGAAGACCAACUAUGAGAAGUACCUGAAGAAUGACAACGCAAAUAAUAAAUAUGAAAACUGGCCCGAGCUCAUCGAUAUGCAAGGAUGCAUCCCUAAAUACCUGGAGUGACCUGCUGCUGAUUCCUGAAACCCGUCAAACCAACAAAGGAACAGAAAGCAGGAGAAACACGAGACAUCUGGGGGCCGGAGUUGAGAACAGGUGAUAUUUCCUACUUUAAAAAGACCAGACUUUGUAGACAGAAGAGUGUGAACACGGCAUGAAAAUCUGGCAGACAACUACAGCCUACAACUACCUGGAUGAGCCAGUCCUUCUCUUUACAGCGCCACAGUUCCUUCAUCACUGGAAGUAAAUUCUGAUUAAUCCACCUGAUCUCUACACUGCCUCUUCCUCGCUGUCAGUUACUGCCAAAGUGAGGACGUUCCCCCAAAAUAAUUUAAUUUUAUUUUAUUUUACCCAUUUUUAUGGGGGUUCGAAGGACGGUUUGCAUCAACAAGGACUGCUCUGGAUCAUGUCUUCAUUACACAAUAAAAUAUUAGAGAACAGUCAAACCUCCAUACAGAUGUUAAAGAAGUCACUCAAAACAGCUGCCCUGCUGCUGCGUCCCAUUUCAGGACUGGAUCUUUUAAAGGACACUGCCCAGGAAAGUGUCCUCCAGAGGACUGAAGGUCGGACUGAUCCUCCUCCCGACAUGAGAUAGUGAAGCCUAAAAGAGACUAAAACUAAUGCUGCUUUCACCCUUUCUUUGUCUUCUUAUAAAGUCAAAAAUGUCCAAGUUAACUGUCAGGCAUUUGGCAUAAAUGGAUUAUAGCUCCGGCCGACUGGGGACAGGUUCAGGGGUUUAAGGGGUCAACGAGAGCCUGUGUUCAUAGCAGCUGUUGGCAAAACAAUCCCUUUAAUACUGAGUAUCUACCAAUAGCAGGUCGGAUCCAGAACCUAUGUUUAUUAGCCGCGUUAGCCGCUAGCUCUAAGGACGGCGAUGUGAGUCUGUCGGUCACCACUUUGGUCCAGUCUGAAACGUCUCAACGACUGUUGGAUGGACUGUGAGGAAAUGUGGUUCAGACGUUCAUGUUCUCCUCAGGAUGAACAGGAAUCACUCUGCAGAUCCUCUGACUUUCCAUCUAGUGCCACCAUCAGGUCACAUUUUAAUUUGUCCAGUAUUGUUGUUUCGAUGUUAAGCAUUAAAUCUGCCAAACAUCAACAUGCUGAUGUCAGUCUAAGCGCAGCCUCACUGAGCUGCUAGCACGACUGGAGACUAAUAAUCUGAUUAUUAUAUUUUUGGUUAUAUUUUCCAGCAAAUACAUCUGUUCUAUGCUACUUGAAAUGAAAUAAUCCUACAUGGGUAUAACCUACAUCACGGUUACAGUCUUUUCAGUAUAGAAUUCCCGCUUCGAUCUUCAGUGGACAGUGUUUGCUUGCUUAGCAACCCUCCGGAGUCUGUCUGUUCAUCAGUGAGCAUGUUUUAUUUAUAGCAAUGUAACGUCAGACUUAUGGCUGAGUUUGUGCUGAAGAAAGGACACCGUGCAUGUGGGGUAGGAACAGUUAAAAAGGUGUUAAAGACCAAAAUGAAUGCAUAGAUAACCUACAAAAAUGUACUAAAACAAUCGGGACCCCGGGUAGGCACAGCAGAGGGAUAGUAGGACAAAGUGGGAACUCUAUACUUUAGAAGGUACUCUCCUGAACUCAGACCGCUGAAGCCUCAUAUUAACUUCAGAUAAACCUCAGGAAAUGUUUUUACCCAGACAGUGGGCGUUGGAUUUUGCCCUCCAUCGGUUUCACUGGAAUCGCAUGUGGAAAGGAGGAGGAGGAGGAGUGAUUGGAGCCACCAAAACGAUUGUCUGUACCCAGGAAGUCAUUGUUCAAAGAUUUAUACAAAGACCAGUCGGGAAGAGUUCUGAUGUUGAAAUUGUUAAACACCAUUACCUGGUUGUUCAUUUCCACUGAUCUCUAACUCCGUAUGAGGGCAGACUGUUGAUUGA